AUGGGAGCCACUUGUGGAAGGGACACGAUAAACCGCUUGCCACUUAUUCUUUUCGCUACGUUUAUUGACUACGGACAUUUUGAAUCGCCAGACUCGCUGGCAAGGAAAUUGCAGUGCUUUAAGAGCAAUGGCUAUUAUCAAUUACAGUUACAAGGAAAUGAUAUUGAAAAGGGCAAGCUGGGCGGUUUUUUGUGUGACGUCGACGAUUUCCUUGUGAAAAACAAGGGGAUUCUGUUGAACCUCAUCGAGAAGGCGUUGGCAAAGAAAAUGGGAGCCGGAAAUGAGGAUCUCCGAGCGAUCUCCAUCCAGAAGCCCGCCUCGUGGGAGAAGGGACCGGAAGCGGUCGCGUACCAGGAGCCGCAC